AAAAACAACAGCAACAACAAUAAAUUAUUAAAAAAAACCUCACACACAAAAAAAAAAAAAAACAUCUUAAGCAGCUGUCGAAGCAGCAACUAGAACAACAGCAACAAUUAAGAAGCAAGCCACAUGAGCAGCAGCGCGACGCCAACGCCGACGCAAACGCCAACGCCGACGUUUAAUGGCGAGCAUAAAAAGUGAAAUGCCGCCACUGCACGCGGCAGAGGCGCUCGCUGCUAGCAGCAGCAGCAGCAGUAGCGGCCCAACUGAUAGCGGCGGCGGAGGCGGCACAGCAGCAACUGCAGCAGCAGCAGCAACAACUGCAGCAGUGGCCGCAGCAACAGCCACAACAACUGCAUCGGCAGCAACUGUUGCUGGAGGUAGUGCGCCAGCAACGCCGAAUGCGAAUGCAACAAUCAGCGCCGCCGCGGACUCCAGCGAUAAUCAGCCAGGCACGCCGCAGCCAACAACACAGCAACAAUCGCUGAUGUCAGUGGACGCACAGCAGCAACAGCAACAGCAACAACAGCAGCAGCAGCAGGCGUCGGGGAUAACGCAUCAGCCAUAUGCAACGCAUCACAUGUACGCAGCAGCAGCGCAACAGCAACAGCAACCACCACAGCAGCAGCUCUACGGCGGCCUCUACGCCAGCGAUAUGCAGCAGCAACAGCAGCAGCAGCAGAGUUACGCGGCCAGCAGCUACAUCAACAGCUACGAGCAAUUCUAUCAGCAACAGCAGCAGCAACAACAGCAGAGCGCGGCUGACUAUGGCGGCGCCUAUGUGGACUACAGUAAAGCCUCGGCGGUGCGCUAUCAUCCGUAUUUGCAGCAGCCAACGUCGGUGCUGCCAACGGCUGUGGCGGCAGCAACUGUUGCUGCCGUCGACGAUGCCACAGCAACACCGGCGGCCGCAGUAACGACAACAGCAGCAUCUGUUGCUGCGAUGAGUCCGCGCGUCGUUAGCAGCAGCAGUCCCACCUCCACCUCAUCGCAUCUGCAGCUGAGCAGUGCCACGCCCAGUUCGCCGGGAGGCGGCUGCAAGUUGCAGUGCAAAAAGUGCGGCAUCUUGAACACUAACGAAUCGGAAUUGCAGGAACACAUUGCCAACGUGCACGGAGAAUCGCCAUACGGAAGCAGCGGCUAUGCCAGCUCGCCCUACAUCAAGGAGGAGAUGCCGAUGCCGACGCCAACAGCGGUGGCCGCGGCAGCAGCAGCAGCGGCGGCAGCCAGCGGUGAGCUGCUCGACUUGGACUCCCAGAAGAUGGUCUAUCACCAGCAAUUGCUGCAACAGCAACAACAGCAGCAGCAACAGCACCAUCACCAUCACCACCACCUCCAACAGCAGCAACAACAACAUCCGCAGCAGCAGCAUCAGCAGCUCCAUCAACACGACGCUGUGGUUGCCGGCCUGCCAUUGGCAUUGCCCGAUCCAUUGCAUUCGAUGCAAUCGAUGCAGCAACGUGCGCUCCACAGUUGGGAGCAACAGGCCACGCCCACCGAGGGUCUGCCCGCCUAUAUGCAGCCGCUGCUGGAGAAAUCGCCGCACUACUACGGCUCGCCCAAACAGUCGCCGUAUCACCCAUCGACGGUGGUGAAGCAGGAGUAUGCAUUGAUCAAAUCCGAAUAUGCCGACUCGCAGCAUUAUGUGGACAAAUCGUUCGAUCCGACGGCAGCCGAGGUGACCACCAGCCCGGCCGAGUUUCCGAGCACCACAACAACGGAUGGCAAUGCCGUGGGUGGCAACGCUGGCACCGCAUACCGUGGCUUCGAGCCGCCCAGCUCAAGUUCGGUACUGCCGGCGAAUAGCCUCACGGCCAAGGCGGCCACCUGGAAGUCGAACGAGGCGCGUCGCCCGAAGACCUACAAUUGCACCGCGUGUAACAAGUGGUUCACCAGCUCGGGCCACCUGAAGCGCCACUACAAUACGACGCUGCACAAGAAUGCGGUGAAGUCGAGCGGGCAGCCGGAUCCGGCAACGUUGCCCAUAUCAGCGCAUCAUCAUCCUGCACGUGAUCCCGUUACGAAGACCAGUCGACGCGGCAAUGCGGCAGCAGCGGCCGCAGCAGCAGCGGCAGCGGCGGCAGCAGCAGCAGCAGCUGCAGCAGCUACACAGGAACCGCCAGCAGCGGAGCCGCCCAGAAGUCCGCCGGACUAUGGAGGAGGCGGUGGCGGUGUUUGUGGGGCGACGGGCGUGCAGGUGGGCGCCGCCAUGUCGCAGUAUUCGGCCUCGCCGUCGCCCACCGCUCAGCAGCAGCAGCAGCAGCAGCAAUUGAUUGCCAGCAAUGGUUAUGCCAAUGGCCACGCCCACUAUCAUGGCCAUUACAAUAUCCAGCAGCAGCAGCAGCAGCAACAAGUGCAAUCGACGACAAACGCUUCACCACAGCAUGCUAAUAGCAACAACAACAGCAGCAGCAGCAACAACAGCAGCAGCAGCAACAACAACAAUUCCGUUUUGAACGGUCACCCAAACGGGCUAGCAGGUCCCUCCGCCCCAAUCAACAACAACAACAACACACAAAUGCCGUCCUCCCAAAUGAGGGGCCUGCUGAACAACAACAACAACAACAAAAUAACAACAAUCAACAACAACACAACAACAACAAUAGCCACAACUAUAAAAGUCGAGCAAAUGGAGGACAGCAGCAACUCAGCAAUGGUCAUGGAACAGGAGCAGGAGGAGGAGCAGCAGCAGCAGCAGCAGUUGGAGGAGCACCAACAGCAGCAGCAGCAGCAACACGUCUUGCUGCAACAUCACCCACUGGAGCAGCAGGAGCAGGUCAGUUAUCUGCUGUCGCGGCCCUAUCACAGCAGCAACAGCAACAGCAGCACCACCAUCACCACCACCAGCACCACCAUCAACAGCAGCAGCAACAGCAACCAACUGCAACAGCUGCCGCAGCAGCAGCAGCAGCUGCAGCCGCUGCAGCAGCAGCAGCAACUGGAACAGGAGCAGCAACACCAAUCGCACCACCACCAACUGUUGCAGGCAAUGGAUUUCUCGCGCACCCAGCCGCUGCUGCCGCCGCCGCCUAUGGCAGCGCUGCUGCCGCCUAUAACAAUGGACUACAACAUGCUGGCUUUGGAUAUGCAACAGCAGCACAGCAAUAUGCUGCAGUGCAGCAGCAUCAGCACGCCGCAGCAGCCGUUGCUGCCGGUCACUAUUACCACCACGCCCAUCCACACGCCCAUCCCCAUGCACACCCACACGCCCAUCCACACGCCCACCACCCACACGCACAUCAAUAUGGACAUGGAAUGCACCACUAUGCAGCAGCAGCAGCAGCAGCAGCACUACCUGGCACCACAGCCGCUGUCGCCGCUGCCGCAGCCGCUGCAGCCGCAACAACUGUUGCUGGUGGACAGCAACAGCAGCAGCAACAGCAGUACGGCCAGCAGCCAUAACAUCAGCAGCUCAGCAGCAACAGCAACACAGGUGGGGGCGGCAGCAGCAGCAGCAGCAGCAGCGGCGGCGGCAACAUCACCACCGCCGCACAUCAUCACCAGCAGCAGCAACAACAGCAGCAACAUCAUCAGCAGCAGCAGCAGCAACAUCUCCAACAACAGCAACAGCAACAUCUCCAGCAGCAGCAACAGCAGCAACAGCAUCCUGCCAUGCUAUCAGCAGCUGCCGCCGGUGCUGGAGCACACAAUGAGCUAUCACACUAUUAUUGGUAACGAGCCGGGCCACUACGACACCUACACGACCAGCGACGGCCACCAGAUAUUGCAGCUGAUGCCGGCUGCCUCGCUCUUUGCGCCCUAUGCACCACUGUCGCCCUAUUCGGUGGCUGCGCAGCGCUCGCCGCAGGAGGGGGACUUGCCGCCGGUGCAUACGCUAACGAAUGCAUUGCAGGCGCAGCAGGAGGCGCAACAGCAGCAGCAGCAGCAGCAGCAACAACAGCAGCAGCAGCAGCAACAUACAACUUUAACGCUGUUGGCCACGCCCACUCCGUAUUCGCCCACAGUGAGCAGCUCGCGUGCAACGCCAGCCCUAGAGCUUGAUAUGGCAUCGCUCAUAGCACAGCAGCAACAGCACGACUACGAGCAAUAUCAGUUGCAGCAACUCGAGCAGCAGCAGCAGCAGCAACAACAGCAACAACAGCAACAUAUUGAGCAACAGCAACUCGAGCAACAACAGCAGCAGCAGCAGCAGCAACUCGAUCAGCUGCAGCUGCAACAAACUGUUGCCGUGCUGCCCAAAAAGCGACGCGCUGCCGUUGCACUUUCCUCAACAACAACAACAGGAACAACAGGAGCAGGUACAACAACUGUUGGUGGUCCGCCCAGCAAGCGACGACGCAACAGCAGCAUCGGCUCAACAUCGCCACACUCGACCACAUUGCCAUCGGGUCGUAUCAAGUGCUUGGAGUGCGACAAGGAGUUCACCAAAAACUGUUACCUCACGCAGCACAACAAGAGCUUCCAUUCCGGUGAGUAUCCAUAUCGGUGCCAGAAGUGCGGCAAGCGUUUCCAAAGCGAGGAUGUUUAUACCACGCAUCUGGGCCGCCAUCGCACCCAAGAUAAGCCGCACAAGUGCGAGCUCUGUCCAAAGCAAUUCCAUCACAAGACCGAUUUGCGGCGACACGUGGAGGCCAUCCACACGGGCCUCAAGCAGCACAUGUGCGAUAUCUGCGAGAAGGGCUUCUGUCGCAAGGAUCAUCUGCGCAAGCAUCUCGAGACGCACAAUCGUCCACGGGUUGUUGGCAAAAAGGCAGCGGCAGCUGUUGCUGCUGCGGCUGCUGCUGCGGCUGCUGCCGCUGCAACAGCCAAAGCAGCAACGGCAGCAGCUAAAACAGCAGCAGCAGCAACAGUUGCAGCAGCCAACAUUGCUAGGACAACAGCUGACGAUGUUGCUGCUGACGAUGAUAGUUUGCUAGACGAUGAUGAAGACGAUAAUGAUGUUGAGCAGCAACAGCAGCAGCAACAGCAGCAUCAACAACGGCAGCAACUGUUGCUGAGCGGCGAGCAUCAUUUGAUUAAAAACGAAUUUGUUGAUAUUAAGAAUGAGUACGAGGAGGAGUUCACGGAGGACUUUCAUAUUAUUGAAAAGGAUAUUGAAAUGUAUUGAAACGGGGGGAUAUAUAUAUAUACAUAUUUAUAACUGAAUACGCAUAUAUAUAUAGAGGGCACAGGGGGUUGGGGGAUUGGGGGGUUUUAUUUGGGGAGGGGUUACUCAGGGGAUGGCUGGUCUUCAAAUGCAAAACGCUUUAAAAAAAUACAAAAUGAAAAAGGCAAAAAUGGAAAAAAAUUUAUAUAUAUAUAUAUAUUUAGCCUUUUAUUCCCAUGUUUUCAAAUUCCAUUAUUUUAAAUAUAAAAAAACAAACAAGUUUUUUGCUAACAAAUCUUUAUUGCGCGUUCCAGCAAUAAAUUGUUGUUCCAAAAACACACAAACACA